GUACUGAAGUAACAGCCCUGAUGCAGCAGUCCCUAUUAUUGUGGAGAAGAGAAGGAGGGAGGAGGGUGUUCUGCUAAGUGCAUCAGACACAGCAGUCACAGGGUGUCUCAGAGAGCGGGGAGCACAGGCAGACAAGUGACAGGAGGAGCUGCGCUUACACUGCACAAUAGUAACAUCGGAGGAUGCCAGGAGGUUGACCACAAAUCUCUGGGACCGCUGUAAUAAAUGAAAGGGUCUGUCUGAAUAGGAUUUGAUAGGACGAGGAUACACAGAGCUGGCAUUCGGGACAAGCAUCACAUAAAGAGCAGAAUCGCUAUGAAUACAUGAACAUGCCUGGGGCAACUUUCUAGGUCCUUCCUCAGUUCAGUGGAGGAGGCUCGGGAAGGAGAUCUGAAAAACACCUGGACCCGAACAAGCAAAAAUGGAAAACUUCCGCCGGGUACAAAUUAUGGAUGUAGAUGAUGGAACACUUUUGCCAUUCAAGAACCUUCACCCACAUGUGGCACAGAUGAGAGUAAAAGAGGGCAGUAAAAUCCGCAAUUUGGUUGGAUAUGCAUUGUCAUAUAUGGGAUCAGAGGGAACUGGGCAGAUUGUCUUUAGUGCCUAUGGUCGGGCUGUUACUAAAGCAAUCACUUGCGUAGAAAUACUGAAGAGGCAAGUAGGUGGGCUUCACCAGAUCACCAAGGUCCAGUACAAAGUCCUGCAGGAGGUGUGGCAGCAGAAAGGGACAGAAAUCAACAAUCCAGCCCCAUGUUUAACUGUUCACAAAAAUGUUCCUUCGAUCUGCAUACUCCUGUCCAAGGAUCCCCUGGACCCACAGGAAAAUGGUUACCAAGCUCCUCAGUCUUUUUGUAAAAGAGAGACCCAGGAUGAAGCAAUUUCAAUGAAGAGAAAGGCAAAUGAGAGUAUUGGAGAAGGUGAAGGGUGAUUUGGACCCAUAUGAACAUUAUAAUAACAACUAUUACUCAAGAAGAACCAUAAUGUUCACACAUUCUACUCCUAUUAGUAAGGCACUAUACAUUAAGCAGAUUGCAGAACUUAUUUCUGCAAGGAGGAUUAAUCUAACUAAAACUUUUCUUCACUGUUACAACAAAUCACACCCAACUGUAUUUCCACAAAUUGACGAGAAA